CAGUUUGUCCUCCUAUACUUGUUGCUUUUAAAACGCAGGACACCAAGCUGAACAGGUGGGGGCGCUGUUGAGUCGGUCAUCCUGAGCAUCAGGCGCGCCACUUUUUGUCUUUUGUCAGGUGUUAUUCUCUCAGACGGUCCCCGACUAUUGGUCACGUUGUUUUUUUUAAAAAUCUCGAUUUCGUAUUGGUUGCUUUUCUCACUCCUCUCGAAGCUACUUUGCAUUUCGGGAUUUUAUUGGACGCCGGAGCCGUCAGUCCGGAUUGGAUGCUGAGGGGUAGAAGUAGCGCGGGGUGCCGAGGCGGAGGGAAAGUAGGCAGGUGCCGUCUCCGUAAGUGCGACCCUUGCAGUUAUCUAAUAUAACUUCUAGAACUGGUCUUUUCUAUAGAAAAAGAGGAAGACAAACCGAAAAACUGGUGCGAAAGUGUGCGGUGAGCUACGCGUCUACUGUAACGGUUACAGAGACUUUUCAGCUGUUUUUACUUUUCGUGAUAACCAUAAGUUAACGUAGCGAGCGACCGACUCGCCCUUUACGGGAGAAAGCAGAGAGCCGCCUCGCGUCUGUCUGCGGACGUCGUCGAAGGCGAGGCGCGCAGACUUAGAGCCGCUCCACUGGAUGUUCCCGAACAUUUAUGUGUGGUUGCGGACUUCGCCCAGCGGUACUACGAGCCCCCUUGAGCGUUGGAAUGAGCUGUUCUUGGCACUGGAGACACAGCUGACGCCGGAGAUUCUGGAGAAAUAAGGUGUUUGAAAACACCCCCGCUUCGGUGACGGUGAAGGGUGCAGAAGAAGAGGGGGGGGGAACCUCCCAGGAUUCAGCUAGACGCCCGGCUUCUUUCUUGUCUCAUGGCCGGGGGCUCCGUUCUUCUUCCCCCGGGCCGUGGGCUGUCCACUCGUGUCGUGUGGAGCUCCAGUGUGGAUGCAACGCUGCUGCUGUGAAACAUUUUGGGGGGAAAAGGCGGGUGCGAAAAUGGAAGACGUGACCGUGUCUGAGCUCCUGGAGGAGUUCCUGGGCUCCCCGCUGGUGUCCUGGGUGAAGACUUUUGGACCUCUUGGCUCUGGUGCUGAAGACAAGCUGUCUAUGUUCAUGGACCUAGUUGAUGGUGUCUUCUUGCACAAGAUCAUGACUCACAUUGAUCCCAGCCCUUCAAACCAGUGGGUGAACAAACAUGUCAACAACGAUAUCAACCUUCGUAUACAGAACCUGAACAUUAUAAUUAGACAGAUCAAGAACUACUACCAGGAGAGCCUGCAGCAGCUUGUUGUCAUGAACCUGCCCAAUGUGUUGACCAUUAGCAAGGACCCUUUGUCAGGCAAAAGCAUGGAAGAGUUGAAGAGACUACUUCUGUUAAUGUUGGGCUGUGCUGUACAGUGUGAGCGAAAAGAAGAAUUUAUUGAGAAGAUCAAAUCACUGGACAUCGAAACACAGGCAGCCAUCGUCUCACACAUACAAGAGGUGACCCACAACCCAGAGAAUGUUCUCGAUAUGCAAUGGCUGGGACUGGCGGAGCUGUCUGCUGAGGAGCUGGACUCAUUGUUCCGCAAUAUGGCCUUCCACCUGCGCAAACUCGUAGAUGAGCGGGAUGACAAUGUUGAGGUGAUUGUAGAGCUAACCCAAGAACGAGAUUAUCUGCAGUCCCAGCAGCAGCAGCCUCCCCACAAGCUACAAGCCACGAGCCUGGAGCAGCCGGUUGCUCUCCUGAGCAAGGAAGAGCGGCAACACCUGGCUGUGGAGCUGGCUGACAGCAAGGCCAAACUGCGUCGCUCACGCCAGGAGCUAGAAGAGAAGGCCGAGCAGCUGAUCGAUGCCAAGAGUGAAGUCGAGAGGCUAGACCUGGAGGUGCAGAAACUCAGACAGGAGAACAUGCAGCUGUUAGCAGAGGCACGGUCAUCACGGGCAUACCGGGACGAGCUCGAUGCUCUGCGGGAGCGAGCAGGACGUGUCGACCGGCUGGAGACGGAGCUAGCACGUUGCAAAGAGAAGCUGCAUGAUGUUCACUUCUACAGAUCCCGGGUGGAGGAGCUGCGGGAGGACAACGUCACCCUGCUAGAGACCAAAGCCCUUCUAGAGGAGCAGCUGGAGGGAGCUCGGGGUCGCUGCGAUCGUUUGCAUGAGCUGGAAAAGGAGAAUCUGCAUCUACGCUCCAAGCUACAUGACACAGAGAUGGAUCGCGAUGCAGACAAGAAACGCAUCAAGGAGCUGGUAGCAGAAAACAUGGCACUGGAGAUCUCACAGAAGCAGAGCAUGAAUGAAUCAGCCCACCUGGGGUGGGAACUGGAGCAACUGGCCAAGAGCAGUGAUGCUGGUGAAACCUGCAAGUCAUUUGGGUUCGAGUUGAACGAGUCUGCAUCUAGCCGCCUGCUGAAGUUUGAGAAGGAGAACCAGAGCCUGAAGAAUACCAUUCAGGAGCUACGCGAGGCCUCUCUGGCUCUGGAGGAGGACCGCCUGCAUGCCCUGGAACUGGAGAAGGAAAACCAUGGCCUCAACAAGAAGCUGGAAAGACUGCAGAUGCUUCUAGAGCAGGAGAAACAGGCUACCCAGCACACGGAGAACAUGAGAAAUGACCUGCUGAAAGACAAGCUGAAGCUGCAGAAGACCUUGGAGGCAGUGCAUGCUGAUAAAGAUAGACAGAUUUUGGAGCUGGAGCAGGAGAAGGAGCACUUGAGCCAGGCUGUGACCUCCCUGCGCAAUAGGGCACAGGUAGACAGUGCGGCACAGGUGCAGGAGGUGGAGAAGGAAAACCAAGUCCUGCACCAGACCAUCUCUGACACAGGCAGCAAGAUUGUGCGCCUGGAGGCCGAGAAGCGACAGGCUACAAGGGAGCUGGAGGAGCUUCGUAAGCAGGCUGAUCGAGCUGAGGAGCUGGUGCAGGAGGUGUCUCGGCUUGAACGAGGUUAUGAACAACUGCAGAAGGAGGUGGUUACCUUACAGGAGGCUCGGGACAAGGCGGAAGCUUUAGAGCAGAAUAAUUGGCAGUUAAAGAAGCUUGCAGACACGGCAGAAAAUGCUGUACUGCGCCUUGAAGCUCUAGAGGAGGAGAACCUGGAGCUACGGCGUGGAGCAGAAGCUUUCAAGGUGUCCUCCGCAAGGCUUGCCCAGUUGCAGGAGGAGAAUAAUGAGCUGGAACGCGAGCGUGAUGACUUGCGGGCCUUGGGGAAGAAGGCGGAGCGGCUCGAAGUCCGCUGCAGCAGCCUUGAGUCAGAGAAUGAGAGGCUGCAGCUUAGCCUAGAGGGAAGUGUUACAAAGAUCUCAGAGCUGGAGAGGGAGCUCCAUGAGCUGGAAGCUGAGAAUCAGAAGCUCCAUGGUGAGGUUGAGGAGCUUCGGAUGAUUGUAAAGCGUCUGGACAGCCUGGAGGAAGCCAAGCGCCAUGUGGAGCAGGAGCUGGUGUUGUCAGAGAAGGAGCGCAAGCAGUUGGAGAAGGAGUCACGAAGGCUACGACAGCAACUGGAUGUGAAGGAGGCAGCGCUGGAUGAGAGCAGUCUGCAUGUGACCAGCCUUGAAAAGCAGAGUGCUGCCCUGAACAAGGAGCUGGACCGUUUGAAGGAAACAGCAGGGAGGGUGAAGGAGCUGGAGUGGGAGAAUAAGGAGUUGCAGAAGCAGGCUACCAUUGACAAGAAGACCUUAGUGACUCUAAGAGAGGAUCUGGUCAAUGAGAAGCUGAAGGUGCAACAGCAGCAGAAUGAGCUGGAGAAACUGAGCCAUGAGCUGGAGAAAAUUGGAUUGAACCGAGAGAAACUGUUACAGGAAGAACAUAGCUGUGAAGACAGUAAAUUCAAGAUCCUGGAGACCAAGAUUGAUUCAACGCUGAAGAAGACUUUGGAGAUCCGAGAGGAGAAGAUCCAAAGUUUGGAGUCCCGUUUGGAAGAGUCAAGCAGUCUGAACCAACAGCUCCGCAUGGAGCUUGCAAGUAUGAGGAGAAGCCUAGAAGCCCUACGACAGAGGCAGGAGGAGGAAGCCCAUGCUUCCUCUGGAGACCAGACACAGCUCUGCUCUGUGCAGGAGAAGUGGGAGACGGAGUGCAGGGAGGCCACAACAGAGCUCCUCAGACUGAAGGACAGGCUUAUCGACAUUGAGAAGAAUAAUGCAGCUCUGCAAACAGAGAAACAGCUGCUGAAAGAGCAGCUCAGGCAGCUGGACUCACAGAAUGGACAGCUCAAUACGCAGCUUGUGGCUCUGCAGAGGCAGACUGCUGUCCUGCAGGAGCACAACACUGCUCUGCACACACAGACGGCUAGACUGCAGGUAGAGAAUUCCACACUGGGCUCUCAGAGUGCUGCUCUGACAGCACAGAGUUCGGUGCUGCAGGACCAGCUGCGUGUUCUGGAAGGCGAAGCUGAGGCGCUACGUCGGCAGUGUGAGGAAACACGGGCAGAGCACGAGGGCGUUCUGCGGGAUCACGAACGGCUGUUGGCUGUCCAUGAGCGGCAGGCAGCUGAGUAUGAGCUCCUUAUCAGCCAGCACAGAGCUCUGAAGGGUGCCCAGCGUGCCUUGGAGCAGAAUCACCGACACUUGGAGAACAAAUAUGCUGUGCUGCUGUCACAGAAGUCUGCUAUGGAGGAGCUUGAAGCCACUCUUCACAAGGAGAGGGAGAGUUUGGGGGCUGAGAUCCAGAAAAACACCCUCAUCCUUGGGGAGAACCAGAGUCUUAGGGGAGAGAUAGACAGACUGAAGCAGGCCCAUGAGCAGCUAAGGAAGGAAUAUGAUGGUGUCCAGCUGCAGUCUAAGGAGCUGAAAACAUCACUGAAUAGUGCACAGCUGGAGCUCAGCCGCUGGCAGGCCAGAUAUGACCAGCUGAAGGAGCAGCACCAAGGCCUGGACAUCUCCCUCACAAAGAUGGACAACCACUGUGAGCUGCUGACCCGUCUGAAGGGCAAUCUUGAGGAGGAGAACCACCACUUGCUGAGUCAGAUCCAAAUGCUGAGUCAACAGAACCAGACUCUACUUGACCGAACCAUGGAGAGCAAGGAGCUGUAUCAUGAGGAACAGAAGCAGUACAUUGACAAGCUGAACACACUGAGGCGCCAGAAGGAGAAACUGGAGGAGAAGAUUAUGAAUCAGUACAAGUUCUAUGACCCAACUCCGAAAAAGCGGAGCCAGUGGGCUGGUGCAAAAGCCUUGGCCAGACUGAUCAAACCAAAGAAGGACAGCUCCCGUGAGCGAACGCACAGCGCCUCAGAUGUGCCCCUCCCGGCCACACCAGCCCCUGACUACCCUGAUGUGCCGUCGGCCCUCCUGCCACCCCCGCUGCCUCCCCGGCAGCCACAGCGCAGUCUAGAUGCCACAAGUGCUCACAAGUCUGAGGAGAGAUGCAGCCGCUCUCCUGUCCUUACCCCAACGCACACCAGCAAAGUGAACAACAGCGGGAACUCUAAGGGGAGGAGCCUGUACCGAAUGACAAGUAGCACCGGGGAUGGUGUGAACGGCUCUGAAGAACAGCCAGUGAGGUUUGGCGCUCACUCUCCCAUCAGUCCAGUGCAUGCUUCUGGAUCCAAAUCCAGGCCAGAUCACAGGUUCAGAGACGACAGCGAUGCACACCCGCAGUCCCCCGACACGGUGUUUGUGAGCAGUGUCCAUGGCAAUGCAGACUACCGGACAGGCUCUAAGGAAUUUGGCCGCGUCUCCUCCAGUAGCAGCUCCCCCAGCAACUCUAGAGGCUCGAAGGAGCGUCUGCAGGGCCGUCCAGCAAGUCUGUCCAGUGAUGAUGUCAUUACCCUGGGCCACAGGGUCCAGGGUGGUCUUGGGGAUGCCUCAAUGAGCCGCUCAGGGAACCAGGUGUCACGGUCCCGCUCCUCAACUCUACCCUACGACACCCCAUCUCAGAAGGGUGGCACCCGCCCGGCCCGCCGGCGCCCAUCAUCCCCUGGCAGUGAAAUGGUCACAUUGGAGGAGUUCUUGCAGGAGAGUAAUGCCCCCCUUCCAAUGGUGCAGACAUUUAGCCGGGAGCACCUGAUGGCUGAAUGCUUCAUCAGAGUCGGAGAUCAGUCCAGUGCCUGCUUAUCAGCCCCCAUGAGAGAUGGCGCCAAGACCCCCACAAGUUACGUCACGCCCACUGUGAAAGCAGCUCCCCCUGGUAUUUCAAGUGAGGGCAGAGCUCCUAAACCAGGCCAGUGUGUUAAGCCUAGUGUACGGCAACCAGAGGUGACCACGCCUUCAGGACAGCCCCACACCCUGCCAGGACGAGCAGGUGGCAGUGCUGGUGGAUCACGGCCUCCCGCUCAGCACCACGGAAGCCCUCGGGCAGCCAGCCGCAAUCUGAACCGGACCUUCAGCUUAGCAUCAGCUGAACUUCUGUGCUCAAGCGGGCCUGAUGGCUAUCAGCAGGACGGUGGUAUUCCUCGGAUGAGGACUGAACAAGGGCAAGGAGACACAGUGGUGAGAAGGGUGGGGGCAGUCACCAGGGAGAGACCACUGUCAGCUCGGCUGGCUGGACCUUCACCUCCACCAGGGGAGAUGAGCCCCCACUCCACGGACCCUCGGAGAUUGUCCUAUGCCCCACCGAGGGAAGAGCACGCUCUCACGCCCAUGCACCACCCUACUUCCUCAUCACUGCCUGCCAGUCCAGGCCCAGUGGAUCGCCAAUCUAGUGGAGCAGCAGGUACCUCCCAGGCUGGCCCACACUCGCGACGGCCCGUUUCCCAACUCCGAGCAGAAGUUGCCAUGGUAACACCUGUGAGGGCAGUAACAUCCAUGAAGCAGGAAGAGGAGGAGAUCAGAGAGAUGAGACAGUCAGAAUGUCCUGUUCUGAAGAAACAGGACGGAGGUGGGGGAAAUGCAAACCCAGAGGAACACCUCAAAGUCGCCCCGGCCUCCCCUGACCCCAGCAGUGACUCUCAGACUGUAUGGUAUGAGUAUGGCUGUGUGUAGGAAAUACACAGAAGGUGAGGGGUCCCACUGCCAUUAAUGUGGACCUUGGCUCAGUAUCCAUCAUAUUCAAAGUUUAUACAGAAACAUAAUUCUGGGGUUGUGGCUUUGGUUUUCACCUUUAUUUAUAAUAUGCGUAAUAAAUCAGGCGGCAAUAGUGUGUUCUGCAAACCAAUGUGUAAAUGAAGUAAUUCAUUAUGAAAUUACGCUUGUGCAAAAACAUUGGGGUGGCUUUGAAGGCGAUCUGAUGCUUCAUAUUCUGCUAUAUGUGCAUCAUCAGCACAGGAAGAGAUGCUGUUCUGGAACUAAUGCCAAACUCAAGCUACCACAAAAUAGUACCUGUAAGUUUUCGGUGACUAUUAAACAAUAUAAGAUACCAGAUAGGAUUUUCUUUUCAGCACAUUUGUUUUUAAAAACUUGUACAGAUUCCUUAAGCCACGCUAUAGGCUCAUUAAACAGAAAAACACUGAAGAGAUGUCCAAAGAUGUUCCUGUCUGAAAGUGUACGAGUGCGGUGUCUGUUCAGCAGCUCUGGGGGAACCUUGUUCACACACUGUGCAAUGCUGACUGUCCUUCUCCAUGGCUGCUGCUUCACUGUGAUUUCAUCUGAGAUAUACCGGUGCAAGGUUGUUUCUACAUGCCUUCAGUUAAAGUGCAAAGAGACACCGGAUUAGGACAUGACCUUGACUAACAGGUUGAAACACGGACUUGGGACCAAUGCAGUCAUAGUCCGAGAGUACUGUGUAUGAUAAAGGGGAGAAAAGCAAAGGCUACACUGGAAUGUAUUAUUGUGCUGGAAAGCUUGAGUUACACUGCUAAUUUUCAGUUUCAUAUGUACAGCAUGCCUGCUGAAGCCAAGAUCUAUUCUGAUUCAGAAAAACAAAAGUUUGGAAAUGAAAGAACGACCACUCCCAGCGUAAUUACCGCAUAAUUACAACGUGCAGCAGGAGUGGCGAAGGACAGUGUUUGUCCAUCGCAUUGGCAGCCUCCGGAACUGAUUACUGGAAAUGUCUCCUCUGUCCUCUGAAAUAGCGCUUUUCCUGUUCGCUGCGGCUUACCUCUGUUUGCUGAACGAAUGGGCCCUGGUCAGAUUUAAAGCCGCUUUUAGAGAGUGUAAUUGAUGUGGUCUCCAUUGAAGCGCACAGAGCAGUGAUUUUUAUAAAUCACACCAGCCUGUACUCUGGCAUGAAAGACCUCUUGUCUUGAUCUUGGCCUUCAGGUGAAUGACAGACCCUGUGGUCUGCACUCACGCUGCAUGUUCUGGAAAAUUGUGCAGAGCAAUAUAAUUUUUUUCUUGUAACUAUACUGUAGAAGUUAAAAACACUGGACACCAGGGUGCAGUUUAGUAAGAGACUGCAACCAAAAAGGUCUUUCAUUUUCUAACCCUACGCAGUGCAGAUAAGGAAUCAUCCUUGUAUGCAUAUUUAUCAGAACCCUCACAAAUGUCAGUUGUGCUUUUCACUAAAUGAAUGUUUUUUGCAAUUCAACAUUGCAGUUUUUUUUAAUAUGGCCGGCAGUGUUGUCUUAAAUAAGCAUAGCCAAGAUGGUUACAGUCUGUUAAGUAAACUUGAAUGAUCUAGGCUGUACAGCCUACCACUUACAUUUUGUGCUUUACAUGGAGUCAGUGUGUGAGCGCGUUGUUUGGCUUAACAUAAACUUAUUCGGGGCAGUUUUACAGACCGUGCGAUGCAGGUGGACCGAAAUUUAUUCAACUACU